GUAGCAUUAUAUUGAUCAAGCUAUCGUUCCAUCCUGGUAUUUUCUAAUAGAGUUGCAGUUUGGACAAUAAUAGGCAAUGGACAUAUGCUCCAAUGAAAAAAAUCCAUGCAAGCAGUAUCUGUCACCUGUUUUGGGUUUACGAUGGAUCGCUCCGUGUUGUUGCUCCUAGCCCUAGGCUCUGUAUGUGGAUAAUGGUUCCCGAGUGAUUUGGCGAAGUGUCACUGCACUCUGUGCUCUGCAAAGCACUUGGUACCGCCACGCGCUGUAUUUUCUUAUAAUAUCUGAACUAGGAAGUUGUUUUUGGUGGAUCCACCCAUAAAAAUUGUCAUCCAUAUAUGGGUUCUCAUUGGUUGCAUCUCAUGCAUUUACUCUCAUCGCUUGAAUUGUUUCCUCGUAGCACGCUUUUUGGGAUAGUUAGAUUGGCUAUAGUCUGGAACGGAUAAGUCUACUUGAACUAAAGAAUAUUUCGAGAUGAAAAUAAGGCAAAUCUUAAUACCAUCGUACCAAUGGAAUGUUUACCGCUGACACGGAAAUAGGUUCCGACAGGAGGCGUGCGGAGAGAGCCAGACUCGAAUAGAAAGGUUGGCCCUGGAGGCUAGAAGCCCUAGUAGAAGAGAAAAUUAAAAAGAAGCAAAGAGAUAAGUUGCGAAAUGCUAAUGGUUGAUAAAUGUGGAGUGGCAAGUAUGUCUGAAUGUAACCACACAUUUAUAAUUUUCCAGGGGGGGACAUCCCAGAAGCUUCGACGGGCCGCACGUUCGAUGCUAUCUUUGUCAUCGCUGCUCCAACCUGAGCUCAUCAACCUCUCUGUCACCUUUGGCCCAGAGAUAUAAAGCCUGUUCAAAGUAUAGAUGUCAUGGCCGUUUAGUUCAGGCUGAUCUAGACGUUCUGGCGCAUUUUCUACCAGCGCCAGAUUCGACCAAUAAGCGCAAAGGAAUUACACAAAUCUUCUGACCGAUAAUUUGCGACCACCCUCACGUUCCGGCAACAUCGCUUGACAAUACAGAUGCCCACAACAUAGGAAAGCAAAGAAAUGGAGCGGAGUACGCAGUCAGAUGAGAAAGGAAACCAAUCGCUGACUUUCAUCCAUGGACCAACAAUACGUGGGGCGGCGGGUGAUGCGUCGCAGAUCCGCUCGCAGCUGAUGCGCCGCAGACGAUGGGAGAAGCAAAGUCGAGCGAACGAGGAGCUAAGGAAAACAAUAAGCACUCAGGCUAAUGCCACAACAGCGAGAUUGCCCCUGUGUCAAUGUGGCAGGGUCGUUACAGCGGUGCUUCCUUCCCCGGCUCCGGCUAGAGCAGCCUCAAAUCAGCCAGCCCCCCAUGCUCUACGAGAACUACAACCCAGACCCCGAAUGUCGGAAUCGGUUUCAACUCCUGCGACAUGUUCGAAUUGCUCUGGCAUCCGGGCGGUCAGACCGUGGUCGUCUCCUGUGACGACUCCAUUGGAAAUAGGCGCCAGUCAGGUUGACCCAUUCUUUCCGGAUCGGAAUAAAAUAAGUCCGCAGUUUGAUCAUCUACUGCAUCACUGCAUCCAUGUACUAUGGCCCAUGGCCCGCCCCACUGAGUUUGGUGAGCACUGCCUGCAGGCAUAUCUGCAUCCGGCCAGAAGUCCGAUGGUUGUGCAGUCUUUGCUAUACUCUGCGUCGCUGCAUUUGGAUGCUUUACAAAGAAUACGUGGGGUCACUCAGCCCACUUUGCCCACUGUGCAGCAACUCCGACUCAAGGGAUCCGUUAUGAAUCAAAUACGCGAAAAACUGUCAACAGUCAACAAAAGCAACAUGCGUAAUGAAUGGGUUGACGAGAUCCUAAUGGGUAUUCUCUAUCUCGCUGCAAACGAAAACACCGCCCAUAUAGGGCCGCCAGAAACAGGCCCCUUUAUAGCGCCGUUUCGCAGUCUACAGUCGAUGGUAUUCUACGGCAGUUGCGAGUUUCACCCGCUUCACUGGCAAACAGCCCAGAACAUUAUCCUUGAAAGAGGUGGUCUUUCAACAGUCAAGCUUUAUGGACUCGCAUGGCUCAUUUCUAUAUCGGGCCUAAUCUUUGCUAUCAACGCGGACUGUAAACCUGUUUUUCCAUUAGUAUCUCCUAUGGGCAAACCUUUUGUGUACCGCGCACCGCUUCAGGCCCUCUCAAUCCGGACACCUGCCCGCCAUGCUUCACUUCGAAAUCAGGGCUUCCAGCAGUUAGCUCUUCUUCACCCACCAGUUAAGGGUAACAUUAUUCGCAUUCUCCUUGAUCUAAGCGAAAUAACCCAAGCCCUUCAGGUUUUUGCAGGACAGCCAUGCGGCGCAGCACUUCUGACCCAGAUCGGCGAUGCGCGAGCCGGAGUGCUGCACCAUUUGUGCAAUCUACCCAAUCACACAGACAGGCCGAACGUAAUUCUGCAUAAGCGACAGUGCACUACCGAAGAACAGGGUAUGUCCAUCGCUAUCUACCUCAUAUGCCGCAAGGCUGCUCUUCUUUAUGCAGCAAGCGUGGUCAUGCCUCUCCCAAAGACAUCGAUGCUACGGCGCAAAACAACAGCCGACAUAUAUAGCGAUAUUAUACAGCUGGAUGUGCCAAGGAAAUCCAGAUAUCAGUGCGAAAUUCUUCUCUGGUGCUCUAUCAUUGCGGGAAUAUGCGCAGACGCUGUACCCGAGAUCAGGGCAUGGUUUGUCGAAGGAGCUCGCCGGUAUUGUGAGGUUUUGAAAAUAGCGUCUUGGGAUGAAUUUCAAGUCUUCCUAGAGUCCUUUGCUUGGCUUAACUGUGCGUCGGACGAUGCGGGGAUGGUGAUAUGGAAUGAAAUUGAGGGUAACAUAGAGUCUGGAAAAGCAAUGUAGCCUAACACACUUCACGCCCAAAGCAUAUUUUCGUC